AUGGAGGUGGCUAUGGAAAGGUGUGAACUCCCUGAGCUGUCUGCCUUGUGGAUGGGUGAAAUUCUUGAAGCAUGUGGGAGUGGUGGGGACCAGGAUUGCAGAUUGCAGACUGCAGAUUGCAGCGCUCUUUCAGGUGAUGAAAUGGUGUGGAAUCUGAGAUUUCGUAGGAAACUCCAGCGAACAAUUGAUAAUGUUUGUGAAAUGCUCUUUGUUCUUUUAGGGAUGAAAUAUGUUAAGCUGAGGAUAGUGGAGGCAUUGCCUGCUAGUUGGAGCGGGAGCAGAGUUAGGAGGAGCAUAGGAAGAGAUGCUAUACCGACCUGCAUUGCCUCAGCUUCCCGCUGGUAUUGCCUAUAUUUUGUUGUCUAUGUGCUGUUGGGAGUGUACUUCGUCACCAAUUUGAUUCUUGCCGUUGUGUACGAUAGCUUUAAAGGUCAGCUUGUCAAACAAGUGGCUGAGAAGGAUCGUAGGAGGAUAACGACAUUGCAGAAGGCCUUUAAUCUUAUUGAUUGUGAUCUAUUCUUUAGAAACGUUCGUGCCACUUAUGCAGUGUGA